UUAAGCAGUGCACCCUUGCAACUGCAACUCCUCCAUAACAGGCAGACUGGUCAGAGGCUCCUUGCACUCCACAGAGUAAAGCAGGGUGGCAGGGAUUUUUACACUCAAGGCCUCUUUCCCUCAGCCAGCUUCAAUUCCAGCACCAUGGCACAAGCAGAUCCCAUUAAUCCCACCAAGAUGGGAGAGGGUCGGGCGAUUGCCGUGCUGACCUCGGGAGGCGAUGCCCAGGGUAUGAAUGCAGCUGUAAGGGCCACAGUUCGAGUUGGACUUUACACUGGAGCCAAGGUGUAUUUUGUCCAUGAGGGUUACCAGGGUCUGGUGGAUGGAGGUGACAAUAUUCGUCUUGCUACGUGGGAGAGUGUGUCAAUGAUGCUGCAGCUGGGUGGGACUGUGAUCGGCAGUGCCCGCUGCCAGGAUUUCCGCACCAAGGAGGGACGCACCAAGGCUGCGUGUAACUUAGUCAAGCUUGGUAUCACCAACCUCUGUGUGAUUGGAGGUGACGGCAGUCUGACGGGGGCCAACCAGUUCAGAACAGAGUGGACUGAGCUACUGGGAGACCUGGUGAAAGCCGGUAAGAUCACACCCAAUGAGGCCAAGUGUUCCUCUCACCUCAACAUCGUCGGCAUGGUGGGCUCCAUUGACAAUGACUUCUGUGGCACCGACAUGACCAUCGGCACGGACUCUGCCCUGCAUCGCAUUAUAGAGAUAGUGGAUGCCAUCACAACCACCGCACAGAGUCACCAGAGGACUUUCAUACUGGAGGUAAUGGGCAGGCACUGUGGUUACCUGGCUUUAGUGACAGCUCUGGCCUGUGGUGCUGACUGGGUGUUCAUCCCUGAGAUGCCCCCAGAUAAUGGAUGGGAGGAUCAUCUGUGCAGACGACUGACAGAGCAAAGAGGUCGAGGCUCCCGUUUGAACAUUAUCAUUGUCGCAGAGGGAGCGAUGGACCGCAGUGGUAAGCCUAUCUCCUGUGACCUCAUCAAACAGCUGGUGUCAAAGAGGCUUGGCUUCGACACUCGCACCACUAUCUUGGGUCAUGUACAGAGAGGUGGAACCCCCUCCGCCUUUGACAGGAUCCUGGCGAGUAGGAUGGGUGUGGAGGCUGUGAUGGCUCUGCUGGAGGCCACACCAGACACUCCUGCAUGUGUGGUCAGCUUGUCUGGGAACAUGGCUGUCAGACUGCCUCUCAUGGAGUGUGUGCAAGUGACUAAAGAUGUCACCAUUGCCAUGGGUGAAGGGAGGUUUGACGAUGCUGUGAAGCUCAGGGGAAAGAGCUUUGAGAACAAUUGGAACACUUACAAAAUGCUGGCUCACGUGCACCCCCCAGAAACAAAGAGUAACAUCAACAUUGCCAUCGUGAAUGUGGGAGCUCCAUGUGCCGGGAUGAAUGCUGCAGUUCGUUCAGCUGUCAGGAUUGGGCUUCUCCAGGGCCACCAGAUGUUGGCAGUGCAUGACGGCUUCGAUGGCUUGGCUCAUGGAAUGAUUGAGCCCAUUGGCUGGUCUGGAGUGGCAGGAUGGACUGGAAAGGGAGGCUCCAUACUGGGAACUAAGAGAUCCCUGCCACACGAGUUCAUGGAGGAGAUCAGUCUGAGCAUCACCAAGUUCAACAUUCAUGCAAUAGUCAUUAUUGGAGGCUUUGAGGCGUUUGUUGGAGGUCUGGAGAUGGUGCAGGCCAGAGACAAGUAUGAGGAACUGUGCAUUCCCCUUGUUGUUGUUCCUGCUACUGUCUCCAACAAUGUUCCUGGAUCUGACUUCAGUGUUGGCACUGACACUGCCCUCAACACCAUAACCAUGGUAAAAGUCUUACUGUACACAAAAAAUAAGCACUUAACAAUCUCUGCCAGGAUUAUUGAAGUCCAACUCACGGCAAUAUAUAUUUCUUCUCGCUCUGUCUUUUGCCCUUGUUCUCUUUCUCCUUUUCAGACAUGUGACAGGAUCAAACAAUCUGCUGCCGGCACCAAGAGGAGAGUGUUUAUUGUUGAGACCAUGGGAGGAUACUGCGGCUACCUGGCAACUAUGGCCGGCUUGGCAACUGGAGCUGAUGCUGCCUACAUCUAUGAGGAGCCUGUCAACAUUCAUCACCUAGAGGUGAAUGUGGAACAUCUUGUGGAGAAGAUGAAGACCACAGUGAAGAGAGGACUGAUUCUGAGAAAUGAGAAAUGCAAUGCAAACUAUACAACGGAUUUUAUCUUCAACCUGUACUCGGAGGAGGGCAAGGGUGUGUUCGACUGCAGGAAGAAUGUACUUGGACAUAUGCAACAGGGUGGAACUCCCAGUCCAUUUGACCGGAACUUUGCCACAAAGAUGGGGAUGAAGUCGGUCCUUUGGUUGACUGACAAACUGAAGGAAUGCUACAGACAUGGUCGCAUCUUUGCCAACUCUGCAGAUUCAGCUUGUGUGCUGGGCAUGAGGAAGAGAUCUUUGGUCUUCCAGCCCCUGGCAGAACUCAAAGACCAAACUGACUUUGAACAUCGUAUUCCAAAGAUACAGUGGUGGUUAAAGCUGAGGCCCAUCCUGAAAAUCCUUGCCAAGUACAAGAUCAACCUGGACAUCUCUGAAAAGACUGAGAUUGAGCAUAUCAUCAAAAAGAGAGGCUCAGCUCCUUAGUAGCAUUCAUAUAUGAUAAGUCUUGACCUGACAUCACCUGUCUUUUCUCCUUUUGAAGCACUUUGUAGACUCUGUCUUUGAAAAGUUCAAUAUGAAUAAAAACAAGCAAGUCUCAAAAUAAACAUUCAAAAGACA